AUGGCGCCUGGAACCGAGUCAGCCUUGGCCCUGCCCUCCCCGAGCUGCUGGGUACGGCACCCCGAGGAGUGUCAGAGGCAACUGAAGAAGAAACAGAAGAACCGGGUGGCUGCCCAGCGCAGCCGGCAGAGGCACACGGACAAGGCAGAUGCCCUGCACCAGCAGCAGGAGUCCUUGGAGAAACACAACCACGCCCUCCGGAAGGAGAUCCAGACCCUGCAGGCGGAGCUGACCUGGUGGAACCGGACCCUGCGCCUCCAUGAGCCCCAGUGUCCCCUGCACUGUGUCCCCGGCCCAGUUCCCCUGCUGGCCACCUCCUGGGGCCAGGCUGAGCAACCCCAGAGACAACCUGGCCCGGAGGGACAACAUGGCUGCCAGGAGAAGCCAGGCUCCUCUCCCCUAGAGCAGCGUCUGUGCUCAAAUCCACAGGGUCAGGAUGGUCCUGGCCUCUUCCCAUCCCCGCCGUCCUCAUUAUCUCCUGGCCCGGCUAUGGUGACCUUUCCUUCCGCCCAGCUGUGCGGCAGCCCCGUCCUGUCUGCCUUGCCCACUGGCUCCAACUUUCUUGGGUACCGCCCUAAGCUCAGUGCCAGCCUGCCCAGUCCCCCGGCCCAGCCUGGCCCUCCACAGCUCCAUGGGCUGGAGCACCCCACUAAAGGAAGGCCUGGGUCUCCUGCACACAGCCUGACGGUGGCUUUGGGGCCCACGUGUCCACAGAGCCAGGGACACAAGCCUGAGCUCUCCCUCCCUGGAGCAGAGGCCCCAAGGUUGGGGGAGGAUCCUGGCCUCCACCCCCUUUUGGCUUUCCCACUGCUCUCCUCUGCUCAAGUUCACUUCUAGGCCCUUUGUCCAAGCAGGGCUGCCCCUUCCUGGGGUUAGGGAAACAGCCGCAGCACCAGGCUGCUCCUCCAUUUCUCCUGGAGGCCGCCCUUCUUAGCCAGCCGGGAUUCCUCCAC